AUGGCACCAAGAGGACAGCGCACGUACUCUCGCCAAUGCUUCAUUGCCCUUAUUAUUGGAUUUCUAGCCCUCACAUUCAUUACUCUUGCUAUCUUCCGCGAUCAACUGCUGUCCGCCAUCCGAUCUGUCAGCUUCAUUCAUCCCACCACUAAUUGCCCAUCAACCCUGACAACAACGCCUAUGCACCAUGAGCACCACGCGCAUCAUGAGAAUCAAGCCUUCGUACCAACUGUGUAUGCUGACAUCAAAAUUCUUGAUGAGCUUCCCCAAGCAAAUGUCCUCUGGGUAAAUCAGAGCUCCUCCUCAAAGCCUGAAGCGUGGGGUAUCUCUAUGUUCCAUGCCCUUCACUGCGUGAAGAUGUGGAGAGACUCCCUCAAUCCAGCUACAAUGAUGAGCUCACAUGUUCACAGUGAGAGUGAAUAUUUUGAGCACGCAGAGCACUGCAUUAGUUAUCUGACUCAGUCCCUUGUGUGCGCCGCAGAUGGGACAAUUGAGCCGGCGGAAGAUAUUGUGAUGGAAAAUAAGCACGGACGGAGAAUUCAUGGAAUGGGAUACACGCAUCAAUGCAGAGAUACAAGUCUUUUGUUUGAGAUGAAUGGGAAAGAAAAUUUGCCACUUGGUCCAUGGAAUGGUCUUAGAAUUGUUGAAGACAGCUUUGUUCGCGGCACACUGCAGUCACUUGAUCAGAAUAUGAAGACGUUCUAA